CAGGUACUACACACCUAGGUUCUGUGGCACUGAUCUCAUGGGACCACUGUCAUAUAUGCUGUCUGUCACUGACUGACAUGUCGUUAUGCAGGGCAUGAAUGUAUAAUUUCAAUGGAUACAAAAUUCAAGGUUGGUGGGUUUUUUCUUUUGAUAGUUUAAAUAUUUCAUUCCACUGUCUUCUUACUUGCACGGUUUCUGAAGAGAAGUCUGAAGUAAUUCUUAUCCUUAUUCCUCUAUUGGUAAGCUGGGGGGGAGGGGGCGGGUUCCCCUUGCUUCUUUCAAAAUUCCUCUUUGAGUUGUCAACUUAAAAAGCAAAUUUGCCUACUAGUUUACCUCUAAACGAGUUUAUUUGAAAAUAGCCAAAAGAAUUGUAAUUCAGGAUGUACAUGCUGUGGCAAACCAUAGCCAAAUCUACAGAACAAAUGAGGGGAGCUGCGGUUAUAGAGAAGGGGGAGAGGGAGGGGCUCUUCUAAAGGAAAGUCCGUUAGCGAGAGUAACAGUUCAGCAUGGCAACAGCUCCUCAUUGGCUGAGCUGUGGCAUUUCUCACUGGCUGAGCUGCAGUGUUUCUCAUUGGUGGGGCAGUGGCAUUUCUGAUUGGCUGGGCUGUGGCCUUUCUGAUUGGCUGAGGUGCAGCAUCUCUCAUUGGCUGGGCUGCAGCAUUUCUCAUUGGCUAAGCUGCAGUGUUUCUCAUUUGCUGAACUGUGGCAUUUCUGAUUGGCUGGGCUGUGGCAUCUCUCAUUGGCUGGGCUGUUGCUGGGUGGGGAGAGAAUCUUCCUUUAGUAGUAAAGCCACUGUACUUCCCAUCUGAGAGACAAGGUCCUCUCUUCCCCUUUGGAGUAAUUGAUGAUGUGUGAUGGGGGUGAGAGCUCCCCCUGCAGGCCUUCCCCAUCCAGUUUAGCUGAGCUUUCUUUACUAAUUUCCACAGAGUGAGACAGGAAGACUAGCAAAGGCUGGGGCUGGAUAUGCUCCUUCCCCCAGGUAGGUUAGGCUCUGUUAAAAUCCAUGUUGGCUACCCAGAGGGAACACCAUGUGAAGACACUGGAAGAACACAACUAUCUACAGGCCAGAAAAGCCUUAGAAGAAAUCAUCACUGCUGACACCUUGACGUCAAACUUCUAAAGACUAAGAGAUGAGACAUCUGCCUCCAAAACUCCCAGUGUAGAAUAGGAACAGAGCCACUACAGUGAAAACCUUCAUUUGGAGCAAAGAGAAUGAGAACCACCCAGGACACCUGGUCAGCUCCUGCUGGGUAGGAACAGCAAAGACCCUCCUGUUACACUGAUUUUUGGAUGUCAAGCCAAUCUUGCACUGCUGGGAUAAAUCCCAUUUAGUCCUGCUCAGUUUAUAAUUCUUUUUAUAUGUUAAUGGAUUUUGUGCGCUGGUAGUUUAUUGAGGAUUUUUUGUGUCUAUAUUUAUCAAGGAUGUUGGUCUUUAGUUUUUCUGUGAUAUAUUUGCCUGGUUUUGGUAUCAGAGUAAUAUGGCCUCAUAGAAGGAGCUGGGAAGCAUUCCCUCUAUUUAUACUUUUUGCAAGAGAUUGUGAAAGAUUGCUAGUAAUUCUUCUUUAAAUGUUUGAUAGAAUCACCAGUGAUGCCAUCUAGGCCUGGGCUUGUCUUUGUAGGAAGUGUUUUGAUUAUGAAUUCAAUCUCCUUAUUUGUUAUAUAUCAAUUCAGAUUUUUAAUUUCUUUUGAGCCAGUUUCAGUAGUUGUGUCUUUCUAGGGAUUUGUCCAUCUCGUCUAAGUUAUCUAAUCUGUUGGCAUACAGGGGAGUGUGUCAGCUGUAGGUCCACCUUUGUCCUCUCCUUAUGCACUCCUCCAGAUAAAGGUUGUGGAGUCUUCGAAUGGUUUUUCCCUGAGAUCAGGAUGUAAAGUGGAAUGCCUAGAACAGGGGAAGAAGGACUCUGCUCAGAGCUCACAAAGUACUCAGGAACUAGGUUUUUCAAAGGCAGGAGGACUAAGGGAGGGGAACCUCAAAGCAAGAGCGGGUGACAUUGAAGGCACAGUCAGGAAGACUCCAGGGAGACCACGCUAGCAGCUGCCAUGAGGGCAGAACUUGGGAGUGAGGAAGAAAUAAUCAAAGAUUUUCAGGAAGUUUUGUUGGGCAGUAAAACUCUUGUGGGAGGGACCUUGGAGGAAAUUCACAAUGCAGUCUAAAUUAUUUGUUAAAUAUUUCCAAUUUAUACCUUUGGAAGUGGCCCUGCUCAGAGGCUAAACCUUGCAGACGACACAAAUCCAGAUGAGCAGGUGUUGCCUGCCACAUGGGCUCUGCACCCCUUCCCUUCUCUUACUUUCUUUUUCUCAUCUGCUCGUUCCCUUCCCUCCCCUCCCCCUCUCCUGGCCUUCAUCCCCAGCCAUACCCUCUCUCUGCUCCCAGCCUCCUCUCCUCGUCCCCAUGAUUCCAUGGCUCACUUCCUGGCAAGGAUUCCUGGGAAUGUUGGCUCCUGUUAUCGGCAGGUGCUGAGAGUUUAUGGGGCAUGGAGUCCACUCAAGGAGAGUCUAUCUUAGGAGACAGGGUGACCUUGGCAUCCCCAAAUCACAGGCCUCAGGUCCUUCCCCAUGCUGGCUAUGGCAGAGCAGAGGCAAAGCCCCUCCUGGACCCCAUGCACCCUGACCCCAGUGCUGUCUUGCACCUGCACCCCUUGAUUCCUUUGACCAAAGGAAAAGAGCAUUUUAAGGAAAAGCUUAUGGUCAGCAGUGCUAAGUGCUGGGGAGGUGAAGCUGAAUCAGAACCAAAGUAAGUUUAGAAAUGGGGACAUUCUUGGUGACCCCAGAAAACACAGCUUCAUAGUGAGGGACCAUCACAGAACAUGCAUGAUGGUGAUAACUGAUGCCCAGAAUGUGCUGGCAUACACAUCACAGCUUCUCUCCUCUCGCCCUCCACGCUGAAGUGCUGUCGCCAUGCCAUUUUGCAGACAAGGAAAUGGGGGCACAGAAGGUUAUGUUACUCAUCCAAGGUCACCCAGCUACUGGAUGGUGGAGCCAGGAUUUGAUCGCAGACAGUCUGGCUUAAGAGACUGGGCUCUUGACCAGGGCACUUUCUGUCUAAAACAACAAUGAAAGGGACACAGUGCAGUUGUAGAGAACUUGCUUUCAAGAAUUUAUACUCUGAAGAGAGGAAAGUGCAUGUGCAUUUAGAAGAAAUACAGCAGUAGCCUGUGUGGGAUAUCUGUCUGUGCCUGGAGGAGCAAAUACACGUGGGAGCGUCUUGGGGUUAGAGUCGGGCUUAGCAAGGGGAUCAGUGAGGGGCGCACUGGGGUGUUCUGAAGUGGGGCUGUGGCCGGGGCCCUGCAAUGCCCAUCAAGCUGUGCAGGGCCAGAUUCUGCCCACAGUCGAGCUCUGAAACCUCUGCAUUUGAGUCUGGGCUGUUGUUUCACCUUGCCAAGUUCCCUCUGCAGAAUCCCAGCACGUCAGAGGAGCUAAGUCAGGGCCAGAGAGUCAGGGGAGCAGGGACUCCACACAGAGCUCACAGCAGUGCCCCCUCAGGCAGCUAGGGACAGACUCUGCUCAGGGCUUGUCCCCAGGACCCAGACCCCAAGGAGACCAUGACCACUUCUCUCUUUUGCUGGAUGCUACCCACUCCGUGGUCUGGAGUGAGGGUCUCAUCCCUGUUCUGGGCCUGGCCAGUCACACAGGGCAGAUGUGCUGCCCUGCCCCUCAGGGCUCAGUGAGUACCAGCGAGAUGUGUUCGUGUUCACACAAGUCCUUUAAAAAGCAAUAAGUUCCCACUCCCCCAAGGAAGCGUGCUGGCUCUCCCCUCACCUCCUGUCCUGUGCCCAGGAGGCUGCCCGUGUGGAGGGCGGUCGGGUUAGGAGGGCAGGGACCCAGCCAGUGUUCAGGGAGCAGGAGCGGGCGAGGGGCUACCAUGGGGUAAUGUCGGUGUGAUCAAACAACCGCCUCGUGGACAACCUGAGCCCUCCACAGGGAGAGGCGGAGUCCAUUUGUCUCAAAUAGAAAAAAACCAUAGGGAGGAAUGGGCACCUCUGUGGCCUCUUUCUCCUCAGAGGUAGCGGAAUAGAGGCUCCUAGGACCCAGGUUCUCUCCCCAAGGCAGCUCUCAAGGCUCCUGGCAGAAGAGGUGACUCAGGGCCUAACGGCGAUGGAGCCAGAAAGGCAGUGACAGCUCCCAAGCACCUGUUCUUGUGGACACACUCUCAGAAACACACCUUCACACAGCUUCUCUCAGAGAAACUGGGCUCGUGUCCUGGGGCUGCCAGUAACAAGUUAUCACAAAUUCAGUGGCUUAAAGCAACACACAUCAAUUCUCUUACCGUUCUGGGGGUCAGAAGCCCACAAUCAGUGUCACUGAGCCAAGGUCCAGGUGCUGGCUCGGCCGUACUCCCUCUGGGGGCUCUAGAAGAGGGUCCUUCCUGCCACCUCCAGCCUCCAGGGCUGCAUCCUUGUGCUCCUUGGCUCGAGGCCCCUUCCUCCACCUUCAAAGCCAGCAGCCUAGUGUCUUGCUUCAGGGUCAUGUUGCCAAAUCUCCCUCUGCCUUCAUCUGAUGACACUUGUGAUGACAUUUAGGGCCCACCUGGAUGAUCCAGGAUCAUCUCCCCAUCUCAAGAUCCUGGAUUUGGUCACACUGGCAAAGUUCCUUUUGGCACAUGAGGGCACAUUCAGAGGUCCCAGGGGUUGGGACCAGUGCCUUUGGGGACUAUUGUUUACCUACCGCAAACACAGUAUUGACAUGGUCACAGACAGACACAGACACAGGCACAGGGAGACACUGUCAGCAGAACCCACGUUCAUGGUCAUGCGUGGUCCCACAUCAGUCACACACACUCCUCACAUCCAGACCUCUUCCCAUCAGCCUGCUGGAGCCAGGUGUGGGGAGCUACAGAGCUCUUCCAGUCUCACUGUCUUCCGGCCCCCUGGGGGCAGCCUUCUUUGCCCUAUAACGGCAACACUGUGCAAAUCCUUCCUUUGCUCUCAGCACUCCCUGCACCUAGGAAGCCAUUCCUCACCACUGCCUUCAGGAUUUAGCCUAUCUCGAGAAUGUUAAGCUGAAGGCCUCGCUCUGAGCCAGCUGCCUUCUCCAUGCAGCCUGCCUUACUCUGCACAGUUCCCUGCUCGCAGCCGUGCCUAGCUGCCACACCCCACGGGUUUUCAGAGAACAUUAAUAAAGGGGUAGUCGGAAAUCAAAGGUCACCAAGCAGAGCUCUUAAAGGAUGACUGUACAUGUGCCACUGCGCCCGAGCUUGGGAGCUUGGUGACCGUUGGACAGACUUUGCAGUGCUGGCUGAGCUAGAAACCCCAGGCCCAGCACAUGGACGGAGUUUGACAGCCCCCCAGGGCUUGGCUCCAGUCAGCCUAGGGAAGGACUGGGUUUCUGAUUCCCACCUCUGCCCCUGAGUGCUAGAGCUCAGGGCCAGACUCCAGGAACAAGCCAGAGGCCUCCUGCUGCAGGUGAGUGUGGCUCUUAGAGUGGUCACUUGGGAAUUGCCUGGUCUCAGCCCUGCAGCCUCCACCAGCUGACCCCUGGGCUUCACACCUUUCUCUACAUCGUUUCCCCUCUGCCCCCCAGGCUCAGGAUCUAGGGCAUCCAUCCCCACUGAGGGCCCCCAGGCUCAGGAGCUAUGGCGUCCAUCUCCACGAGGGUGCUCCUGGGAUCUCUUCCCCACCAGGGCUCAGACGUAGCCCCUGGGACAAGGCCCCCAGGCUGGGCCCCACCAAGGGUGCAGUGAGCAUUCUGGAACACAGCCCAGGGCAGGUGGGGAGUCCGCCUCCAGCUGAGGCCAGCUCUGCUCCAGGCUCCCAGGGGAGAGACAGAAAGGGAAAGCACAGGCCCUGGCAGACACUUCAUCUGGGGUCGGGCCUGGCCGGGCGUAUGGAAGGAAGGAGCAGGAAGGCCCUGUAGGCCUGGGUCUGAGGCCAGUGCCCGCCCUGCGGUGACCCCACUUCACCACCAAGCUGCGACCUGGUCAGAGGCAAAGCCCCCAGACCAGGGUCCUGGGAGGGAGGACUCCCCUCCCGGCAGAGCGCUGCCGAGCGUUGGCCCAGAGGCACCUGGGGGGCUGCGGAGUGGCGGGCUGCGGUCACAGGAGGGAGGAUGGCGAGAGGGGAAGACAUAUUGACCCAGCCGCCCCCGCCCCAGCAUGGAGGCCCGCGCCGCUGCCGCCCGAGAGCUGCUCCUGGCGGCGCUCGAGGACCUGAGCCAGGAGCAGCUGAAGCGCUUCCGCCACAAGCUGCGCGACGCGCAGCUGGACGGCCGCAGCAUCCCGCGGGGGCGGCUGGAGGGCGCGGACGCCGUGGACCUCGCCGAGCAGCUGACCGAGUUCUACGGGCCGGAGCCUGCGCUGGACGUGGCCCGCAAGACCCUGAAGAGGGCGGACGUGCGCGACGUGGCAGCGAGGCUCAAGGAGCAGCGGCUACAGCGGCUCGGCCCCAGCUCCUCGGCGCUGCUCUCCGUGUCUGAGUACAAGAAGAAAUACCGAGAGCACGUGCUGCUCCAGCACGCCAAGAUAAAGGAGAGGAACGCCCGCUCCGUGAAGAUCAGCAAGCGCUUCACCAAGCUCCUCAUCGCGCCCGAGAGCGCCGCCCCGGAGCCCGAGGCGCUGGGGCCCGUGGAGGAGCCGGAGCCGGAGCGCGCUCGGCGCUCGGACACCCACACCUUCAACCGCCUGUUCGGCCGCGACGAGGAGGGCCAGCGGCCGCUGACCGUGGUGCUGCAGGGCCCGGCGGGCAUCGGCAAGACCAUGGCGGCCAAGAAAAUCCUGUACGACUGGGCGGCGGGCAAGCUGUACCACGGCAAGGUGGACUUCGCCUUCUUCAUGCCUUGCCGCGAGCUGCUGGAGCGAUCGGGCACCUGCAGCCUGGCCGACCUGAUCCUAGACCAGUGCCCGGACCGCAGCGCGCCCGUGCGGCAGAUGCUGGCGCAGUCCGAGCGGCUGCUCUUUAUCCUGGACGGCGCGGAUGAACUGCCGGCGCCGGGGCCCGCCGAGGCCGCGCCCUGCACGGACCCCUUCGAGGCCGCAGGCAGCGCGCGGGUGCUGGGCGGCCUGCUGAGCAAGGCGCUGUUGCCCGAUGCCCGCCUGCUGGUGACCACGCGCGCCGCUGCCCCGGGGAGACUGCAGGGCCGCCUGCGCUCGCCGCAGUGCGCCGAGGUGCGCGGCUUCUCCGACAAGGACAAGAAGAAGUACUUCUACAAGUUCUUCCAGGACGAGUGGAGAGCGGAGCGCGCCUACCGCUUCGUGAAGGAGAAUGAGACGCUGUUCGCGCUGUGCUUCGUGCCCUUCGUAUGCUGGAUCGUGUGCACCGUUGUGCGCCAGCAGCUCGAGCUCGGCCAGGACCUGUCGCGUACCUCCAAGACCACCACGUCUGUGUACCUGCUUUUCAUCACCAGCGUCCUGAGCUCGGCGCCCGCCACCGCCGGGCCCCGGGUGCAGGGCGAGCUGCGCAAGCUGUGCCGCCUGGCCCGCGAAGGCGUCCUCGGGCGCAGGGCUCAGUUCGCCGAGAGGGACCUGGAACGACUGGAGCUUCGCGGCUCCACAGUCCAGACGCUGUUUCUCAACAAGAAAGAGCUGUCAGGCGUGCUGGAGGCCGAGGUUACCUACCAGUUCAUUGACCAGAGCUUCCAGGAAUUCUUCGCCGCGCUGUCCUACCUGCUAGAGGACGAGGAGGCUCCCGGGGCGCCGGCUGGCGGCGUAGGGGCGCUUCUGCGCGAGGACGCCGAGCUGCGCUGCCACCUCGCGCUCACCACGCGCUUCCUCUUUGGACUACUGAGCGCAGAGCGGAUGCGCGACAUCGAGCGCUAUUUCGGCUGCGUAGUUUCAGAGCGCGUGAAGCAGGAUGUCCUGAGGUGGGUGCAGGACCUGGGCCAGGGUCGUCCCACGGCGGCGCCAGAGGGGUCAGAGAAGCCCGAAGCGCUGGAGGGCACUGAGGAACCGGAGGAGGAGGAGGGCGAGGAGCUCAACCACCCGCUGGAGCUGCUGUACUGCCUGUACGAGACGCAGGAGGACGCCUUUGUGCGCCAGGCCCUGCGCGGCCUCCCCGAGCUGGUGCUGGAGCGAGUGUGCUUCAGCCGCAUGGACCUGGCCGUCCUGAGCUACUGCGUCCGCUGCUGCCCGGCCGGGCAGGCCCUGCGGCUGGUUAGCUGCAGACUGGCUACUGCACAGGAGAAGAAGAAGAAGAGCCUGAUGAAGCGGCUGCAGGGCAGCCUGGGUGGCGGCUCCAGUUCUCAAGCCACCAAGACAAAACCCCAGGCCUCCCCUCUGCAUCCACUCUGCGAGGCCAUGAUGGACCCACACUGUGGUCUGCACAGGCUGACGCUGUUCCGCUGCAAGCUCACUGAUGCGGUCUGCCGAGACCUCUCCCAGGCCCUGAGGGAGGCCCCUGCCCUGGCUGAGCUGGGGCUCCUCCACAAUGGGCUCAGCGAGGCAGGCCUGCGUGUGCUGAGCGAGGGCCUGGCCUGGCCCCAGUGCCGGGUACAGACGCUCAGGGUGCAGCAACCCAGCCUCCAGGAAGAGCUCCAGUACCUGGUGGGCCUGCUCUGGCAGAGCCUGACACUGACCACCCUGGACCUCAGCGGCUGCCAGCUGCCGGAAUCCAUGGUGACUUACCUGUGUGCAGUCCUGCAGCAGCCCAGAUGCCAUCUGCAGACCCUCAGUCUGACCUCCGUGGAGCUGAGUGAGCAGUCACUGCAGGAGCUGCGGGCUGUGAAGACAGCAAAGCCAGGUCUGCUCAUCACACACCCAGCACUGGACAGCCACCUCGAGCCUCCCGAGGGAUUCAGCAGUGCCCUCUGAGGCCCUGACGGCCAGAGCAGGGCAGGGGUGCUCUAGUCAGCCCUGUGGCCCUCCCCAUUCCAAGGGGGUCUGCUCUCAGCUGCUCUCAGCUCUGGGCAACCCUUUUGAGCCUGGGGGGCCCUGGACAGGCAGGGAGGAGAUCCAGACAAACAAGCCCUGGCACAUGCCCUUCCCCCAGCACCCGGGGGACAGGUCAUGUCUCUGUCCUCUGCACCCAGGGACUCCUCCCCUAAUCCCCAUCGCGGUUCCACCCACCUUCCUCUCUUGGGACCCUCCAGCCAUCCUCCAUGCAGACGCCGCCCCCCCCCCCCCCCCCCCCCCCCCCCCCCCCCCGCUGCGAACAAGGAUGAUGCUAAGAGAACUGAGUAGCUGGGCACCUGCUAUAUGUUGGUGACCCCCUCACUGAUUCCAUCCCCAUCUGUGGGAUGGGCCCCCACAGCCCUACACUCUGCCCGUGGCCACAGGAGAUCAAGCAGGGGCUGACCGUUGACCACAGGUAGGCAGGUCACUGUCCCUCCCCAGGAAUUUGGGCCUUGGCUGUCGGAGUGAAGCCAUCCCUGAGGCUGUGUGGUCCAAGCCCAGAGUUGUCCACUCCCUGUCUAAGGUCUGCAGAGACUGAGACCAGGGGAGGGCGGAGAUGGAGCCGUAGCUCACGGUUCUGGCUGGGAGCUGUGAUGGCACAGAUGUGGGCAGCCGCCCCAUGCACUGAUAAUAAAUUCUGCUUUGGAUUCUC